UGCCAGAAGCUGUCCAGAGUAGUUCCGCGUGGGAUUCGUGCCCUAGUGUGAGAAGAGAGUUCCUUGCACUGUCGGCAGUGGUCCAGAUACUUGCAGAGCGUGUGUUCUCGUUCUCGGGCUGCUUCGCGUGAGCGUUCCGGGUGGAGAGGCUGCUGCUGAAACAGCAGAUCGAAUAAAAUUCGUUUUUGAACUUUUCUCGAUAAGACUGAGAAAUUAAGCAACAGUAACCAUCAAGAAGAAAAAUGUCGGUGACACUGCAUACAGAUGUAGGUGAUAUUAAAAUAGAAAUCUUCUGCGAGAGGACACCCAAAGCAUGUGAAAAUUUCUUGGCUCUCUGUGCCAGUAAUUACUACAAUGGCUGUAUAUUUCAUAGAAAUAUCAAGGGUUUCAUGGUUCAAACAGGAGACCCCUCAGGUACCGGAAGAGGAGGUAACAGCAUCUGGGGCAAGAAAUUUGAGGAUGAAUACAGUGAAUAUCUUAAGCACAACGUUAGAGGUGUUGUAUCUAUGGCUAAUAAUGGCCCAAAUACCAAUGGAUCUCAGUUUUUCAUCACCUAUGGCAAGCAGCCACAUUUGGACAUGAAAUACACAGUAUUUGGAAAGGUAAUAGAUGGUCUGGAGACUCUAGAUGAAUUGGAGAAGUUACCAGUAAAUGAGAAGACAUACCGACCUCUUAAUGAUGUACACAUUAAGGAUAUAACUAUUCAUGCCAACCCAUUUGCUCAAUAGUUAUAAUAGGCAUGGACAAAUACUUGGCAGACUAUUUGAGGAACACACCUAUUGUGGUUUACCCAGCUUGAAUUAUGUAAGAGAUUGUAUCAUCCUGCUUGUUUACAACUAAGAUCUUCUGAGUCCGUGGUACCAAGGGGAACCAAAUAACUUAUACUCUUAUGAUUGAGCAUAUAUUCUUUACUAUAACUAUAUCCAAUGUAUUUAAGUUUAAUUUUUUUAAAAAAAUGUUUACCUUUUGUUACAUAAAAACAAUUAUUUUUAAAUGCUGA